AUGGCUUUCAAUCAAGAUGAACUCGUAUCUCCGGCCUGGUUGGAUGAUGCGUUCUUUCUCAAGGUAGUGCGUGAAAUGCACAAUGAUGCAUCGAUUGAGUUGACCAACGAGUGUGUGCUACGUCCCGGCACUAAAGCCGGUGAUCAUUUCGCCAGUGUGAUGUACCGUACUACCGUCACCUAUCGUUCAAAGAAUGAUCAAGCGGAAAAAUCCAUCAAUUUGAUCAUGAAAACGAAACCGGAAGCGGAAGGGCUGAAGAAGGAGCUGCUGGAAGAUGAUGGACUGUUUAUGAUCGAGAUUAAGGUGUACAGUAAAGUGCUGCCAGAAAUUGCGAGGCUGUUGAAAGAGAUCGGCGAGGAGUAUAAGUACCCAAGGUUUAUUUACGGUGCCUUAAAGCCACAUACGAUCUUCAUAUUAGAAGACAUCAGCUACCAGGGAUGGGUGAUGGAUGAUUUCAUUAAAACGUUUGACGAUAUGAAACCGAUCGUGAAGAAUAUUGCAAUGUUUCAUGCCGCUUCGGUCAUGAUAGAAAGCAGCGAUCCGCACUUUGCCAGCGAGUUUGGAUUUUCAGUGGCUGACAAGUUUAUGGCCUUUGAUGGGAUGGUUACGAAAGGUUUCGGUGAUUUGAAACAUUUGAGCAAAACGGACUCAGCGUUUGCUCAUUUUGAGAAACCGCUAGAUAGCUUCCAGAAAUCACUUCACGAUGACUAUGUGGCUAUUUUUAACCCUCCGAAGACGGUUCAACGCGUACUGAUUCACGGAGACUUCCACAGCAAGAACAUGCUGCACCAAGUGGACGAGAGUGGCCGACACACGGAUACGAUACUGAUUGAUUACCAGAUCUGCAACUGGACCACACCGGCCAUCGAUCUUUACUAUCUGCUCGACAUGAUACCGGAGCAAGACGUUAAGGACAACCAUCGCGAAGAGCUGAUCUGUUUAUACCAUCAACAGUUUAGUGAUCUGUUGAAGCGAUUGGGCUUUCUAGGGAAAAUACCGACACUAUUGGAUUUGCAGCUUGAACUCCUUCGUUGCAGUGGUCUAGAGCUGUUUCACUACGCGGUGUUUUCUUCAUUCCGUUACAUGGAUGUCACCAAGAUGGACAUUGAGGCACUGCUCACAGGGCAGGCGGACAAUCCCGCAUUGAACAAUCCGAAGUUUAAAAGCAUGAUCCAUAGAGAGCUAACCCGAUUCCUGCACCAGGGAGUCUUGGUCGCAUGACCGGUCGUAAAAAGAGGGAACUGUGCAAAGCCGAAGGUUGAUGCUGAUAAAAAAUAAAACCCCCACUGGAAUAUCGCUCCAGAUAGUAAUUAUUGCUGUGCCACGCUUCGGCGAGUGCUAUCUGCUAGACACCUUCUACUGCCUGCUCGCGUCCAAAUCUAUUGUUUUCUGAUUGUUAAAAUGGCACUUAAGAGGGUCGCGUGGCCUUUCUAUGGCCGCCAAAAAAGGGGGAGGGCAUACGUCAUAACCGAUUAGAUUGAUCAUUUUUGCCAUCUCAUGAUACGAAAAAAAAGGAUGGAACCAAUGGCUCGGCAGGGUUAAUUGAUAAACGAGUUCUUUCGG